AUGUCUCAACAGUUUCAAAUAAACCCUAUCCUUCAGCAACUGGGCGAUGCGGACAGCGAUUUCAGGUUCAUGGCCUUGAACGACCUGUACUCGCUUGUCACUUCCAGCUCGAAUACUAUCCCUAGCGACUCUGGUUCCACCACUUCGCGUCUUAUCGAUGGAGUUGUAAAGGCUCUGGAUGAUACCAAUGGAGAAGUUCAGAACCUAGCUGUCAAAUGCCUUGCACCGCUAUCACUCAAAAUUAAAGAUUUGCAGCUCCGGGAUCUAUUUGGGAAACUCACCGAGCUCAUCAGCUCUUCAAACGACCCAUCUAUCCCAGCAACUGCUUUACGUCUGGUCAUUGCUUCUCUAUCAAGAUUCGGAGCGUCAGCAACCGCUGGUUCCAACACAGCCCUUCAAACUGCUCAGCAGUCUAUUCACCACGUCGUCAUCCCGAAGCUCUUAACAAUUCUUGCCCCCGGCGCUUCUUUUAAAAGUGGGCAGGGGGUCUCGAUUGACGUUGUUGAUAUUCUCAUUGAAGUCUUAAAAUCAUUCGGAGAUACCAUCGAUCCUAAUGACCUCGAAAAGCUCCAACCCGCGCUUUUGUCCCUGAUUGAGAAUGAGAAAGCUUCUUCGGUUGUCAAGAAGCGUGCGGUUACUGCUCUUGCGUCGUUGGGUAUCUACGCAUCUGAUACUUUGCUUAGCAAGACCGUUUCGCAUUUGAUCAUGGUCUUCAGAUCUUCCCACAUCUCUCCGAACAUGCAAAGACUACUGGUUUCGAUUGCCGGUGCGCUUUCUAGGUCCACGCCUAAGAGGUUUGGACCUUACUUGAAGACCUUGGCGCCAUUUGUUAUCGCUUUGGUUGAUGGUCAUGAUUUGGAGAGAGACGAUGAUGAUUCUGAGCCACAGACUGAACAGGAUGAAGUUCGAGAAGCGGCUUUGGCGGCGCUUGAGUCGUUUUUGGCACAUUGUCCUGUUGAGAUGAAGAAUUUCACCAGCGAGGUCAUCAAUGCAGGAUUGUUAUACCUGAAGUACGAUCCUAACUAUGUUGAAGAAGAAGAGGACGAGGAAAUGGGUGGUACUCAAGCCGAUGACGACGACGAAGAUGAUGCGGAUAAUCUCGAUGAUGAGGAGUUUGAAGAUGAAGGCGGAUUGAGUGACGACGAUGAUAUCUCGUGGAAGGUCCGACGAGGAGCCGCCAAGUUACUCAGCACUGUUAUCAGCACCAGAGCAGAAGAUCUGUUGAAGGAAACUUUGUACAGAGAGGUUGCUCCGUCGUUGGUUAAGCGUUUCUCGGAACGUGAGGAGAAUGUUCGUCUUGAAGUUUUGGCUACCGCUACCACACUCAUUCGCAAGACCAGAGAUUUGGCAUCCUCCGGCUCUGGCUCUUCAAAGAGGGCCGUGGCAGUCAAGAAGCGUAGAAGAGGCUCCGAUAUCAGUAUGUACGAGCAGGAGAAGUCUUCGAUGGCCCCACCAAACCAGCCGUCUGCCUCCCAUGCCCUCCAGAAGCUUUCGCCGCAAUUGGCCAAGUCUUCUGCUAAGUUAUUGAGGAAUCCAAGUUUGAAUACAAGGCAGACUACUGUCGACCUCUUGUCGGCUUUGAUCACUGCUCUACCAGACCCGAACGAUACCCUAAAGAUCGUCCUUCCCCCGGUUGUCAACAUUGUUGCUGCUAAUGACGGUGCGUCCGCCGCACCAGCGUCCGCCGCGGCUUCAGGGAGCGCUGCUGCUUCCUCCUCGUCACUUAGAAUCGAGGCUCUCAAAUUUUUGAGCAUCGCUUUUGUCGAAGGUGGCGAUGAAGCUCUUAAGCCUUCUCUCAACGAUAUCGUUAAGGCUGUCGCCGGUGCUGCAUUGGACAAAUUCUACAAGAUUUCAGGCCAGGCCCUUACGACUGCUUCGGAGCUCCUCUCCCUUCUCGCUCCUGAGAUCGCAGUUGAGGAUGUUUCCUCGUUCAAGACCCUCUAUGACUCUAUCGUGUCGAAAAUCCAGCAAAAUGACGCCGAUCUUGAAGUCAGAGAACGCGCUAUCGAGGCUAUGGGAAGCUUGCUUACAGUCACUAGUGGCACUGAAUACUUGGAUCAGGAAUCUAGAUCCCGUGCUUUCGUAUUGCUUCUCGAGCGUCUUCGAAAUGAAACUACUCGAUUGACUACUGUCCGCUCUAUCGAAAAAUUAGCACACGAAGCCCAAGCUAAUGACCUUUCAGCUGCUUGGAUUAAGGAUGUUAUUUCGGAGCUAGGUGCUCAAUUGAGGAAAUCAAACCGUGCACUCCGUGGCUCUAGCUUGGUGGCUCUUAGGGCAUUGGUUUUGAACCCAAAUGUCCAACCUACCUUAUCUCCUGAGACGGCAGAUGAGCUCGUUACAGUGUUGACGCCGUUGCUUUCGUCUAGCGACCUUCAUUUGUGCGGACCUACACUUCAGAUCUUGUCGGUUCUUGUCACUGGUGGAAUCGUGCUUAAGCCAGAGGUUAUCAGUGGUAUCUCCAGCCUUGGUCAGAAUCCUCUCACUGGUGGUCCGUUGGAAGCACUUUUGGGCUUGGUCCGUAGCGCCACCGCAAGGGGCCAGGGCAACGAUAUCCUUGGACAAUACUUGAACCUAGGUGUUAAUGGAAAUACGGUCGUCGUUGCCAAGGUCAUCGGCACUGUCCUAGCCACUGGGGCAGAUCAUAAACAAUCGCUCAAGGUUUCAUUGGGGAGCUUUGUGGAUGAGAUUCAGAACAGUACUGUCGAUAAGCAGAAGGCUUUGGCGCUUAUGGUGCUCGGAGAGGCUGCAUUGAACGGACAUGGAGAGUUCUCUUUGGGACCGGAUAUCUUUAUCAAACAGCUCAAGUCGAAGAGUGAAGAUGUUCCCUUAGCUGCGGCAACCGCUUUGGGGCUUGCUGGUGUGGGUAAUCCGCAGCAGUUUGUACCAGCUAUUAUCAAAGAGUUUGGGGCAAGCGUUUCCCCGAAGAACCAAUACUUGCUGUUGCAUUCGUACAAGGAGAUUCUUCAACAUUCAGUUCAAAAGCCGGAAAAUAUCAGCGAGUUUGGUAGUGAGAUUUGGAACCACUUGAUUACCGCGGCUAAACAUGAAGAGAGCAAGAGCAUUGCUGCUGAGUGUGUUGGAAGACUUGCUAUCAUUGAUCCAAGAGCUUAUAUCCCAGGGCUUCAACAACAAUUGGGUGAUCCGGACCCGGCUGUCCGAGGAGUCGUCAUAUCCGGUCUCCGUUAUACUUUGACGGAUACCACUGGUAGCUUCGACGCUUUCCUCCAGCCUGUUGUCACAGAACUCCUAGUUGCCAUGUUGAAUGAUCCCAACUUGGAUAACAGAAAGCUUGCAUUAACCACCCUCAACUCUGCAGCACAUAGCAAGGCCGGCUUGGUUAAGGCGAAUCUUUCGUCUUUGCUUCCGUUGGUUUACCAGGAGACCAUCAUCAAACCCGAGCUUAUUCGCGAGGUUCAGAUGGGUCCGUUCAAACACAAGGUUGACGAUGGUCUUGAGCUUCGAAAGACUGCGUACGAUACUUUGUUUACUAUCAUUGAGGCAGCCUACGCGCGUAUGAACCCAGUUCAGAUCUACGACCGCAUCAUUGCUGGUUUGGGAGACGAGCACGAAGUUCAGAUCAUUUGUAACUUAAUGCUUGGGAAAUUGGUGGUCAUUGGGAAGGAUGAUGUUAUCAAGCGUUUGGAUAGCAUCGCGGAGAAGUACAAGGUUACCCUAUCGAUCAAGGCGAAAGAGAAUGCAGUCAAGCAGGAGUUAGAGAAGAUGAGCGAGUUGAAUAGGUCGAUUUUGAGGACUACUUUGACGAUCCAGGCACAUGUUGGAGCUGGAGCGAAUCACGAACAAGGUUGGUUAGGGUUUUACGAAUGGGCGAAGCAGAAUCAUGGAAGCGAGUUGAGUAGUUUGGAGAAAGAGGAGGCGAAGGCGGCUAAGGGGGUUGGAAUCUAG